GCGGGGCCCGUCCCGCCCCGCCGCGCGAGCGAGCGGGCGCGCGCGAGGCGGAGGCCGGCGCUGAGGCGGGGGGUCGGGCCGGCCCCAGCGGCGGCGGCGGCGGCGGCGGCGGGAUGGCGGCGGCGGCGGCGGCGGCAGCAGCGGCCGGUGCCUUGGGCUCGGGCCCCGCCGCGGGGCCCCCGGCGGUGAGCGGCGGGGCGGCGGCGGCCGUAGCGACGACGACGACGACGGCGGCGGCGGCGGCAGCGAUGGCCGGCCCCGCUCCGGUCCCGGUGCCCAUGAACCUCUUCGCGACGUGGGAGAUCGACCGCUCGGCGCCGAGCUGUGUGCCCAGGCUCUGCAGUCUGCGCCUCAAGAAACUCACAGUCCUCAAAGAGCUGGACAAAGAGCUGAGCUCUGUGCUUAUCGCUGUGAAGAUCCAGGGUUCAAAGCGAGUCUUGAGAUCAAAUGAAUACGUCCUCCCACCUGGCGGCCUGAUGGAGACCGAGCUGGAGCUGACCUUCUCAUUGCAGUACCCACACUUCCUCAAGAGAGAUGGCAACAAGCUACAGAUCAUGCUGCAGCGGAGGAAGAGGUACAAGAACCGCACAAUCCUGGGCUACAAGACCCUUGCAGUGGGCAUCAUUAACAUGGCCGAGGUGAUGCAGCACCCAACGGAUGGCGGGCAGCUGCUGGGCCUCCACAGCAACAUGAAGGACGUGAACAUCCGCGUGGCUGAAAUCAGCAUCUACUCUUUGUCCAGUCAGCCCAUUGAUCAUGAGGAUGGGAACGUUCCCUCAGGUCCUAAAAUCAAAGCUUCAGAUCGCUCCCCAGACAUUGAUAACUACUCUGAAGAAGAGGACGACAGCUUCUCCUCAGAACAAGAAGCCAGCGAUGAUGCUGUGCAGGGACAGGAUCUGUUUGAUGAAGAGGAUGACUUGAGGAAAACCAAGAAGGCUAGGAGGAAAAUGAUCCGAACCACAUCAAUGACCAGACAACCAAACUUCAAGCAGAAAUUUGUGGCUUUGCUGAAGAGGUUCAAAGUGACAGAGGAGGUCCUGGACUCUGACCCUGUAGACCAGACCCAAGAGGUGGAGGAGGACUUGGGCUUGCUCUAUGACAGCCUGGAAGAGUGCAACAACAGUGACAGUGGCCCAGAGAUUGAGGACAAUGAGAGUGUGCACAGCACACCCAAGCCCACCCUGAGGCGUUUCUUUGAGGGAGUCUCUCAUUCUGGUUCCCAGACUGAGAUCGGCAGUCUGCACAGCCAGAAAGGGCAGGAUCAAGAGGCGGGCAGCCCUGGUGAGCCAGACAAGCGGAAGCCAGGAGCACUGCGGCCACAGGAAGAGCCAGGAGUGGAAGUCCCUGUGGUGGAGCUGGCCACAGAGGAGCCGUGUUCCCGGCUGGCCCCCGCAGAGGCUGCCACGAGGGAGAGCAGUGUGGACAGGCUGGCCCAGCUGGGCCCUGGCACCAAAGCUGAGCUCCCCAGUGCUGUGUCCCCCAGCAAGGCCGAGAGCAAGCAGCUGUGGCGUCCCCGCAGCACCUCCGUGAAGGACCGGCAGAGCUCGAAGGGGCAGGGUGGCCGCACCAGCAGCCUGGACAGUGAGAGCUCUCCAGACUCAUGGCACAGCACCCAGGUGCCCCGAAAGUCAGUUUACGAUCAGCUGAACCAGAUCCUUGUCUCCGAUGAGCAGCUUCCCGAGAGCAUUGUGCUGGUGAAUGUUGCCGAGUGGCAGGGCCAGUACGUGAGUGAGCAGCUCCAGGCGCACAAGCAGUUGGUCGUGUCCACCUGCUCCGUGGCAGACAUCCAGGCAGCCUUCAACACCACUGUCUCCCGCAUCCAGCGAUACUGUAACUGUAACUCCCACAUGCCUCCCCCAGUGAAGGUGGUGGUGGCAGGCGACCAGAGCUACCUGAGCGUUGUCUUGCGUUUCUUUGUGGAGCAGCUGGCCAGCAAGACACCCGACUGGCUCAACUAUCUUCGCUUCCUUCUGGUGCCACUGGGCUCUCACCCUCUGGCCAAGUACCUGGCCUCGGUGGAUAACAAGUACAGCACUCUCUUCCUGGACACAGCGUGGCGGGAGCUGUUCAGCAGGGCUGAGCCACCCAUCGCAGACACUGUGGACAUCGCGGGCCGUGUUGCCCAGUUCAUCGCUGGAGCCAGCCUCUCUCACCAGCUCCCCAUCUCGGAGGCUAUGCUGACCUACAAGCAGAAAAGCCCCGACGAGGACUCUUGCCAGAAGUUUGUACCCUUUGUGGGGGUGGUGAAGGUGGGCCUGGUGGAGCAGUCCUUCAGCGCCUCUGUGGACUCGGAUGAUGCCACAGUCUGCACUCCGUCCCUGCUGAGCUCAACACCAACUGCCAGUGGAUCAGUCCCCUAUGGCAAAGAGACUGUGAGCACCCCGCCACCCUCCCCAUCUGUCAGCAGUGGCCUCUCUGGCGCUGGGUCUCUGAGCCCUGGUGUGGAGGUGAUGGGCCUGCAGGUGGACUACUGGACAACACAAGGGCCGGACAGAAAGAAGGAGGGCGAGAAGCGGGAGACGGGUAUCAAGAACACACUCAAGAGCAACUUCCGCUCACUCCAGGUCAGCCGCAUCCCCGGCACGGGGGAGCUGGUGCCCCCUAGCACCAUGGCCAUGACCGUGGUCACCAAGGAGAAGAACAAGAAAGUGAUGUUCCUGAGCAAGAAACCAAAAGAGAAGGACCUGGAGCCCAAAAGCCAAGUCAUCGAAGGGAUCACACGCCUCAUCUGCACAGCCAAGCACCAGAACACCAUGUUGCGAGUCUCCAUAGAUGGGGUGGAGUGGAACGAUGUGAAGUUUUUCCAGCUGGCAGCACAGUGGCCAACACAUGUCAAGUACCUCCCCGUGGGCAUCUUUGGCUACUCGAAGAGCGUAUGAGAGGUGGGGCAGCCCUGGGAUGGAGCUGCGGAGGGUCGCAGAAGGAGACAGGGAGAUGGACUUGCUCUUGUCCCUCUCUUCUGCGGCCUGCCCGCUCUGCAACAGGAGAUCCCAAACCUGCACUGCUCCCUGUGAGCCAAGACCCGCGAAGGUGAGGCCAGUGAGACUGGGGCCAUGCACCCUCCAACACCAGCCAGGGCACCAUGCCAUCUGCCUCCCGUGACCCACAACAGCAGCCUGGGACAAAGGAUCCAGGAAGGGCUGUGGGCCCCGCUCUGCCCAGGUCCACUCCUGGCACGCCAGGACCCCAGCUGGGCUGGGCCCAGGCAGGUUCCUGGUGCUGGAACCAGCAGGAUUGCUCAUGGGAGAAGAGGUGCUGAGCAGGGCCCCCCAGCACCACACUGCCCCUUGCCAGCCCCACGCUGCCGGCCCUGGUCCUGCCCUACAGGUCUGAGCUGCAGCAGCUUUUCUAGUCCCGGGCAGCCCCACUGCUGCGGCCGGCACGGUGCUGCUGCGGCUGCUGCACCCCAAUCCCCCAGCGCUGCCCCGCGGUGCUCCCAGCUGCAGGUGGGGCACAAGGGCACCUCUUUUGUUUUGGUUUUUUUUUUUUACAAGAUUCUAUUUUUUUUAAAUUUAUUGUACGGUUCCUUUUCGGGAUUAAUUUUAAUAAAUUAAUGCUGGUAC